AUGUCUGGAGCUGAAAUCACAGAGGCGGGCGCUGAAAAUGCCCUGUGCAAGAGAUGCCAUCAAUAUCCUAUCACCCACCAAAUUCGCUCUGAGCAUGUCUGCAAGAACUGUUUUAUUCAAUAUGUCAUGACUAAAGCCGUGAAGCGUAUGGAAACCUACCGGGUACGAGGGCCAUCUACACAAGUUCGAAAACUUCUAUUACCCUUUUCGUUUGGACCUUCAUCGGCGUCCUUGUUAUACAUGUUGGAUCAACAUAUCCAAGGGCAAUUUGAUCGCAGGAGGCGUGCUGCGUAUGAGCUGUAUGUGGUUCACAUAGAUCUAUACCUCGACCCAGCGGAUCGAAAGGAUGCCUCUGAGUUGCUGGAGAAAUACGAGGCCCGUUUUCCCAGGCAUACAUACUUGAGUAUCGGGCUUGAAGAAGCUCUCCUUCUAGAUGACAUAGAUUGGAAGGCUUUGAAUAUAGAGCGGCCCCCAGAAACAGAUGUCCAAAGACCUGCUGCAGAAAGACUUCAGCACCUCCUAGGGUCUAUGUCGUCGGCUACAUCACGGGCUGAUAUUGCAUCCACGUUACUCACACGCCUCCUAGUGGAUACUGCGAAGAGAAAUAACUGUGACAGUGUUCUAUUCGGCGAUUCAACUACCCGACUCGCCGAGAAGACCUUGACAGAAACUGCCAAAGGCCGAGGGUUUGCGUUGCCAUGGCAAGUCUCGGAUAAGGCAUCGCCAUAUGGCAUUGCAUUUAACUACCCUCUACGAGAUCUUCUCAAGAAGGAGAUCGUGGCAUACACUACCCUGACAACGCCUCCUCUUUCGGACUUGGUCAUUUAUCAAGAGCCUUUGUCCCACAUAUCUGCUUCUUCGAAAUCGACAACGAUUGAUGAUCUGAUGGCACAGUAUUUCCAAUCUGUUGAAGAGAAUUAUCCAAGCAUCGUGGCAAAUGUCGUGAGGACAUCAAGUAAACUCCAAUCUCCGACCACCGAUGAUACUACAGAGUGCGGCCUUUGUGGACUCCCCGUCGCCAGAGGAACCGAUGGUAUCCAUGGCUGGGGAGGAGAUCAGAACCCAGGAUCGCAGCCCACGAACGAAAACCGCUCUGGUAUUCUGUGUUAUGGAUGUUCGAGGUCUAUGAAUAGCUAA